AUGAGCUUCAUUUCAAGACUGAGUCAUCAGCUGAUAUAUGGAUCCUUCAGGCAGCAGCAUAUAUUCUCUUCACUCUCCUCUCCCAAGCCAUUGGGUUUGAUGAUCAGGCACUUUUCCCAGCCUGCACGGUUAGACGACGAGGAUGAAGAAAUCGAGAUCGACCAAAGAAGGCUCCCUACCGAUUACGACCCGUCAAACUUCGACCCCACAGAGCAUCGCAGCCCGCCUUCCGAACGGGUGUGGAGGCUCGUGGAUGAGAUAUCCGGGCUCACGCUUAUCGAGAUGGCUGAGCUUUCAUCGAUCAUGAUGAGGAAGCUGAGCAUGAAGGAAAUGCCCGUUAUAGGCGUCAUGAAGCCAGGGUCUGUGGGGCCCACAGCCGCCAUGGCCGGGCCCACGGCCGCCAAGGAGGAGAAGAAGCCUGAGAAGACGGCGUUUGAGCUAAAAAUGGAGUCUUUUGAUGCGGCAUCUAAGCUCAAGGUGAUUAAGGAGAUUCGAAGCUUUACUGAACUUGGUCUGAAGGAGGCCAAGGACUUGGUGGAGAAGACGCCAGCUGUUAUUAAGAAGGGGGUCUCGAAGGAGGAGGCAGAGAAAAUUAUCGAGAAAAUGAAGGCAGUCGGGGCAAAUGUUGUUAUGGAAUGA